AUGUUUCAACUUGAAAGAGAACAGAUUACUCUCAACAGACGAAAAUCGUGGAAUAUUCUCGUCAUCUUCCCUUCUCGCGCGGUCUGCGGUAUUUCUCUUGCUUCAUCAGACAUACAUGUGAUUUCUUCAUUGCCUAUGUCGUACUUGUUCCUCUCCGAGGAAGAAGCGGAUUUCCUGAACAUUAUGUAA